UCAAAACUUCUAUUUAUAAACCAAUUUAGAAAGCUAUUUUAAAAUUAUUAAAUGGAAGAAAAGCACGAUUAAAAUAUAGAAUUGAAUGAUAUAAUACAUACACUCAAAAAAUCUUUUGAAGAGAGAAAUGCAAUUGAGAUUGAAAAACUUUAAUAGUAGACCAAGGAUAUACCAUUUUUCAAGCAAUACAUUAGUUAAGGCGAUAAAGAUGUUCAUUAUAAAUGCUGUAAAUAUAUGAAGUAUGAGUAUGCAAAAAAAGAUGAAACUAUUUUUCUGAUUGAUACUAUUGGAACCAAAUUUUAUUUGAUCCUCAAGGGAAAAGUGGGUGUUUAUAUUAGACUUCCAAAAUAAGUAAAUAUCUAAAAUCAAGACUCUCCUGAUAAAAAAUAAGAAGAUGAUGAUUCUUUAACAUGCGUUAAAGUAUUAAAUUAAGGAGAGGCUUUUGGUGAAUUAGCUUUGUUAAAUAAUAAGCCUCGUUUAGCAAGUAUUAUUGCUCAUGAAAAUACAUAUCUUGCUGUCCUUGAUAAAAAGGAAUUUGGGAUAAUUCUUAAAGAAAAAGAAGAGUAAAAGCUACUUAAAGAAAUGGGCUUCUUUGCAAAGUUGCCAUUUUUCAAUGGAUGGAAUUUUAAUCUUGUAAAGUUACUAUACUUAAAUGCCUUUAGAGUUAAAUAUAAAAAAGGAGAUAUCGUAUUUCAAGAGGGGUAAGAACCAGUAGCAGUUUAUAUAAUCACAGAUGGUUAGUUUGAUUUAGAGAAAACCUUUGAUAAGGAAAAGAGGCUAGAUUUUUGGGAAAGCGAUAAUACUAAUCCGAUCAAAAAUAUGAGACUAGCCUCAAAAAAAGCUAAAAUGAACUUAAGGAUUGCCAGUUAUGUACCUCAUGAAUUAUUUGGUGAAGAAGAUAUUAUGAAUUAAAAUCAUAAAAGAACUUUUAGUGCUAUUUGUGAAAGUGCUACAGGAGAGUGUAUUAUGAUUAAAAAAAGAGAUUUUUUCAUAAGAAUUUUAAAAGAAGAAGGAGCUAAAUAAUAUCUUAAACAGAGGUUAUAAAAUAAAAACAAUAGAAUGAUGGAGAAAAUUUAGAAUAUUAGAAACUCUAUUUAUAGUUUUUAGAAUUUUUUAUACAAUGAUCAAAACGGUUUAAAGAAGCAGAAGGAAUAAAAUUAAGAGAUUUUCAAGAACGAAAAUUUCAGUUAAGAUGCAAUAAAAAAAUUUGUCAACAAUUAAGGGCAUGCAUCAAAUUUUUAAAUUGAUAAGGACUCACAUCCUAAAGAAUCUCCUUCCCCCACAGAAGUUGGAAGUCCAGAUUAUAUUACAAGUCCUUUAAAAUAGCCGUAUGCUAGAAGAUCUAUGACAUCAUUUAUGAAUUUAUUCACAAAUAAUUAAACUGAAUAAAAUCCUCCUAUAAUACCUAUUUUUGAGUAUAAAAGGUAGAGUUUAGCUGCCAAUACAGAGUAAUUUAGCCCUUUACUAAAGUAAAUAAAACAAUAAUAAGGUAAUGGAGAAAAUAAAAAUAUUUUGAGAUUAUUUUCAAAUCUCAACCAAAAUACUGAGACCUUAUCACCCCAAAAAAGUUAAAUCGAUACGCUAGAAAAAGACUAUGUUAGAUCGAAUAAAAAAAAUUUCACUUCUUAACCUAAUUCUAAUUAAGCUUCAUUAGUAUAUAUAAAGAAAUUUUCAGCUGUUUUUGAUGAGGAGAAAUUCAAUAAUUUUAAAUUAUCAUUAAAAAGGAAUAAAAGUUAAAAUAAUCAUUUUAACGGCUAAGAUCAAAGUAGUAAGCACUAAAAUACCAAUCCAUCAAAUGAUAUAAAUUCUUAUUCUUUGAUAGAUUUACCAGAUAUAAUUUAGUAAAAUAGUUAGUUAAUUGUAUAAAAUUAAGAUUGUGAUUAAAAAACCUCUGCAAACUCAUUCCCUGCUAUCACUUAAGCAAUAGUUGAAAGCAAAAAUCCAAACGAUAGCUCUUAUUCCUCUAACAAAGAUUCAAGUGGCCGCUAAUCAUGCUUAUCUCCUUCAUCUCCCUAGUUUAAAAAAUAUAUAUUUAACUCUCCUUAAAAGGAAACAAAUUUUAACUCGGAGAAUAAAAAGAAGGCAAAUUAAUUAAUGAGCCAUAAUAGCGAAUUGACAGUGCCAAAUAAAUUUUCUUCUAUGUCUAAUGUUUCGACUAAUAAAAAAUAGCAACAAUAAAAUUAAAAAAUUAAAAUAUUUGAAAAUUUGAAAUAAAAGAUAGUAUCAUAAAACUCGUUAUCUCACCUUAAUGCUUAUAGCGAUGAUAAUAGAUUAUCUAAAGAUGAAAGUAAAAUAUUAAUAGAAGAAAAUAAGUAACACAUUAACAGUAAAAAUGUUUCAAUAAUUCUUCCUAAAAUUAUAAUUAAUUCAGAAUAAAAUCAUUAAGAAAAAAACAUAAAUACUCCGAUAGCAAACAAAAUAAAGUCCUUAGUUUCAGAAGAAAUAUCUUAGUAUAAGUUAAUAACGCCAAAUCAUAAAAACUAAAUACAUUUUAAUUAAUCUUAAUAAACUAAUACAAUAACAGAUAGAUAGAGAAUUACUUAGUCUGUAGGUAGAAUAAAGUAAUCUUCUCUUUAUUUUAACUAAGUUUUCUAAGCUAAUACAGAAAAUCAGUUGAGCAAAAACAUCAGAUAAAAUUCUUCAUUAGACAGAUAGGUACAAAACCUAUAAUAUGCUAAAAAUCAAAAAUAACAAAACACAACCAAUCAAAUAGCAUAAAAUAAUAACACAAAUGGAUCUGUUGUGUCCCCUAAAAGAAACAUUAAGUAGAAAGGAUGGAACUAAAAUAAACCUAGCUCUGAAUAAAGUAAUUUGUACUAUAAGUAACAUAUAUAAGCAGGACAAAGAAUAGGAGAUCUAAUAGAAAAAAUGAUAAUGAAGCAAUAAGAAAAAUCAUAAAGGACACUUGAAAAUCUUCACAAUAAUUCAUAAAUAACUAAAUUUGAUGAAGUACAUAAAUAAAAUUUAUUCAACAAUAGUAUAUUAUAGAAAAGCUAUUUAAAAAGUAAUCCUUCAGUUACUAAACUCAUUUAAGCAGACAAAGAUGAUGUCUAGAAUUCAUUAUUUAAUUAACUAAAACAUCAUAUUAGCAUAGGAACUCAAUUUUCUUCUUUGAUAAAAUAAAUUGAUCAGAAUAAAGUGUAAAAAUUACCUCAAAACUCUCUACAAAAUAAAAUAGUAUAAAAUUUAUAAUAAAAUAAAAAUUGA